CUCGUGAACGUGGACUUGGGCCCCGCCGCGGUCCUCGGCGCGAGCGUGAUGACGUCCGCGAUCGCGCUCUACCAAGUCCGCGCGUCGAGGCCGGAGGUGUCGAGAGACCAAGACGUCUUCUUCUCCUCCGUCGGGCUUCUGUGCGGCGGCAUCCUCGUGUUCCAAGGGUGGAGGUUAGACCCGCUGAUGUUGUUCGGGCAGCUCCUGACCGUCGGCACCGCGGUCGCGUUCGCGUCCGAGACCGUCGGGCUCCGGCAGGAGAUCUUGGACCGCGAGCGC